GUGACGGGGAGCUGGGUCAGUGCUGGGCUGGAGCUGAGCACAGGAGGAACCAGAGGGAAAGAAGCAGGAUUGAUCCCAUCUGGGUCUGAACCAUUGCUCCCCGCAGGUUGAACCGUGCUCCGUGUGAAGAUGGAUUAUGCCAAGUCCCUGAGCCUGCGCCUGGCUGCUCCUGUCUCCAAAUGUGUCUCGGCAAGCGCUUCCAUGACCCAACAACUGCUGUCAAUUCCUGCCUCACGGCCCCGACCCUUCCGUGUCUGCAACUGGGACCGCAGCAUGCGGAAGGGCAUCAUGGCACAGAGCCUCUCCGAGCUGCUGCACCAGGCUCAGACUGCCCUGCUCACUCCUGAUCCCAUCUCACUGGUGCUGGAUGAGGAUGGCACCGCGGUGGAGACGGAGUCUUUCUUCCAGACGCUGGAGGAGGGCACGGUGCUGAUGGCCCUGAGCAAGGGGCAGACCUGGGCUGCCUCCAAGACCCCUGGAUACCAGCUGAGCCUGUCCCACAAGCCCCCUCGGAGGAUCGAUGUCGCCCGUGUCACCCUUGAUCUGUACAAGACCAGCCCCCGGGAUCUGGGCUGCCUCAAUGUCAAAGCCACGCUCUAUGGCACCUACAGCAUGUCCUAUGACCUGCGCUGCUAUGGGGCCAAGCGGCUGAUGAAGGAAGCUCUGCGCUGGACACUCUUCACCAUGCAGGCCACUGGCCACGUCCUGCUUGGCACCUCCUGCUACAUGCAGCAGAUCCUGGAUGCCACAGAGGAGCCCAAGGAGGCAGAGAGCAGCCCAGCACUGCAGACCCCCCUCAGCCUCCCCCCCCUGCCCUGCAAGAAGACCCUGCAGUGAGCACUGGGUGCUCUGUCCCCCUCCUUUGCCACUUACCCUAAUGCCGGGGGG